AUGAGUACAGAAAACUUCCGUUUCUACAUUAAAGUGCGUACUGCCCUUAAUAUUCAAGCAAGAAUUAUUCAUGAUGAACUGUAUUCUGUUUAUGGUGAUCAAGCUCCUUCUCUCACAACAGUGAAAAGAUGGUCCAAGCUGUUUCGUGAAGGUCGAGAAGAAAUUGAAGAUGAAUCACGACCUGGUAGACCCAUCACUGAAACAACAUCCGAAAAUAUUGAAGAGCAAACUGAUUUAAGCUAUGGUACGGUUCAUCGAAUCAUCACCGAUCAUUUAAACCUUAGAAAGGUCACCGCACGUUAUAUACCCAAAGAUCUUACCGAUUUUCAACGGGCUGAACGAGUUCGAAUAUGUAAAGAAAACUUAGCAAAAUUUCAACAAGGAACAUGGCGAUUAUGUGAUAUAAUAACUGGUGACGAAUCGUGGUUUUGUCAUAAACAAAUUGGUCGAAAGUCGUCAAAUGCAGCGUGGGUGAGAAGAGGAGAUCCUCCACCUACUGUAAUUCGACAAAGUAAGUAUGCUUCAAAGACCUUAUUAUCCAUCUUUUUUAAGUCAAAUGGUCCUGUUUUCAUUCAUCAUUUGGAACGGGGACAAACAAUCGAUCACCAGUAUUACAUCAACAAUUGUUUACGGCAUCUUGUCGAUGAAAUCAAACGUCAAAGACCCUCAUAUGGGACGCGUGGUAUUAAAAUUCACUACGAUAAUGCAAGACCACAUGUUCACGAAGAUGUGUCUAGUUAUCUUGAAUCGGAACGGCUCACAAUAAUACCACAUCCACCUAAUUCUCCAGAUUUAUCACCAUGUGACUUUUGGUUAUUCGACUUAAUCAAACGAAAUCUGACCGAUCAAAGUGAUUCACAAUCAUUAUAUGAUGCUGUGGUCAAUUUCAUGUAUUCUUUGAGUAAUGAAGAAUAUAAAAAAACAUUUGAAAAAUGGUUUGAAAGAAUGCAAUUGUGUAUAGAUAACCAAGGUGAUUAUUUCGAACAUCUGAUGAAAUAA